GAAGCUUGGUCCUUUUUCUCCUCGCCUUUUGCCCUGCAUUCCUCUCCCCAAUCAUCACCACCACCACCCCUCCUCUUUUAAGACAGCCACCGCACCGUCUUAUCUGAGACAACUUGUUUAAAUCCACGCGGCGUGGCGCGUUAAUUGAAAAAAGGGACGACAUAUUCAUCAUCUGCUUCCUUUUCCACCAAUCCGCCGAUAUCGUCUCAUCCGACGCGUCCCUCGGCAACCCUACCUACUACCUUGACACACCAACCAAGACCUUCGUCAACAACGAGGCCAUCGCCAAAACACAAAACAAUGUCCGCAUCGUCGCCGUCGCAAGAAGCCGGCGGCGCCGGGCGUCGCGGCUCAGCAAGCAGCACCUGCGAUCCCAUCAUGCGCAAUGCGCUGCGCUACACCAUCUCCGCGCGAGAAUACGCCACGCUUCACAAAUACAUCAUCUCGCGCUCCAAGACGCUGCGCAAGGCGACGCCCAGCCCGGCUGCUGUCGAAAAGGCCCUCCAGCCCAAGGACAAUAGCGCCGGUGCUGACGACUACAAUGUCAAGACGAUUCGACAUGCCCUGCGCGUCUUUGUCACGACCUGGGUUGGCAUGAAGGGCUGGGAUGUUGUCCUGCGCAGAAUGGGCAGUCCAGAAGCCCUUGCCUCGAAGAAGCAGCCCUUUUACAAGUCCCCAGCCCUGCGACUCGCAGUGUCCUUGUCCGGCAUUCUCUUCCUCUACAGAUUUCUGUUCCGCUUCCUCAGCCGCCUGCGAGCACACCUGCUAGAUCCCCAGGUUGAGCCUUUCCGACGCCGCAAUCCUAGAACUACAAAGGCCCUGACGUCGCCGCUGACGCCUGCCAUUGGUGCUUCGCUCGCUGGUCUUGCGCUCGGCAUCUACCCUGCCCAGCAGAUGCGCGUCACUGUCGCCAUCUGGGCGCUGUUCCGUGCACUGGAGUUUGGCUGGAACUCAUGCGAAGGUGAGGGCCUUAUCUGGGGAACUAAGAAUGGCCGUAAGAGGGAGCGUCCUUGGUGGUUUGGCAGCUGGCUCAUCCAGCCCUUUGCCUUUGGCCAGCUGCUUCACGCCGUUGUCUUUGACCGCGAUUGCUUCCCAGAGUCAUAUGGAAAGUUCAUCUUCAACAAUUCGUCUGCCUACCUCCACAAGCGCCCCGCGGACUAUCCCACCAAUCUCAAGUGGCCUCAAACAUAUGAAAUCGUUGAUAACUUGGGUGAAAUGGCCCGCCUCAACUGGCCCGCGUACAUCUCCCCCACCAUGUUCCCCAACAAGAAGCAGGUUCUCCCGCCCACGCUGGCCGCCGUCUCGCCGCUCUCAUCGCAGGCGCAUCCUCUCAUCACAUCUCUCUCAUGCGCGACGCUGCACCCUACGGACCCGUCGUGUCUGCGCACAUACCUCACCUUUUGGCUCGGCUCGUUCCCCCCAAUGGCCCGUUUCUUCCUGCUCUUCUACUCUGCCAUGGGCAUUCUCCCCCGCUUCAAGUCCUUCUACAACAACCCCGUCGUCGCCCUGCAGCGCAUCCUCUCCCGCGCUCUCCGCACCUCAACCUUUGCUACCGGCGCCAUCUCCACCGCCUGGGCAUCCAUCUGCUUCUUCCAGCAGUACCUUCCUCGCCACGUCCUCGCCACCCAGCGCUUUUUCCUUGGCGGCUUCGUCGCCGGUCUCUGGGCCUGGGUUGAGCGUCGCCACGGCCGCAGCGUCUUCCUCUACAGCGCCCGUACCAGCGUCGACAGUCUGUGGAAGGUCGGUGUCAAGCGCCGCUGGUGGCGUUCCAUGAAGGGUGGCGAUGUCUGGGUCUUUGUCCUGGCACUCGCCAUCACUGGUGUUGUAUACGAGCAUGAUGCCAAGGCCAUUCAAGAAUCAUCGUUCCGCAAGGGUGUAAGCUGGUUCCGUGGCGAGGGCUUCCGCGACUGGGCAGCUGUUGAUGAGGAGACGGAAGAAUUGGAGGCCAAGAAGAAGGAGUAAAUUUAAUGGUGUCGUUACAAUGAUGAACUGUAUUAUGAUGAGGGGUCUUGUUCAAUUAGUCUUAAGCGAAUGCAAAAUAUUUUCUCAGACUCCAA